GCCGAGGCCAAAACAAAUGCAACCUUGUCAGGUAGUAAAGUGUUCCAGGCUCAAGGCCUGGCUCCUUGCAUCAGCCUCUCCCGAUGGUUUAGAUGCUGCUCCCUCCAAGGUCUCCGCUUCCUUUCUGACUCCUUGUUUCACACCUCGUUCUUGCCCCUGCAGAUGAUCUCACUGCUCCAGUCCUGGCCAGAGCUGCCUGUCCUGAAUGCCCUGGAGCUGCUGGAUUUUAGCUUCCCUGAUCGCUAUGUUGGUUCCUUCACGAUCAACUCAUUAAAAAAGCUGACAGAUGAUGAAUUGUUCCAGUAUCUGCUGCAGCUUGUCCAGGUGCUCAAGUAUGAAUCCUACUUAGACUGUGAAUUAACCAAGUUUCUACUGGAAAGAGCUUUAGCCAAUCGCAAAAUAGGACACUUUCUGUUUUGGCAUCUCAGGUCAGAGAUGCACGUCCCUGCAGUCGCCCUCAGGUUUGGCCUGAUUUUGGAGGCCUAUUGCAGAGGCAGCAACUACCAUAUGAAAGUUCUAAUGAAGCAGGUAAGGGCUGCUGUCCGGCAGAAGGCUGACAGUCCCUUGCUCACAGCCGCAUGUUAUUAUCCUAGUAGUCCUUCUCUGCACCGGUUCCAGUUUGAAUGA